CUCCUCCCGCUGCGCUAACUUAGUCUAACCUUAGCACUUUUCAAGCACUUCACAUUUUACAAACAGACAUCAAAUCACAUGGUAUUUAUUAACUUAACCAAAUUCCUGUCUUUUCAUUCUAAGGCCUCCUAUAUAAAUAGAUACUCUUAUUAGUAUCUAAACCUCACCACCACAUUCUCCCCACCCAUCCUCUUCAAAAUUCUAUCUCUACGCUGCUCAGUCGGGCGUCGGUGCGGGCGCCGGUGCAAGUGCGAAUCCCUGCCACUUCUGUUUGCGCCGCCGGUGCAUCAUCAUCACCAUCAUCGGCACACUACCCCCACCAGUUUCUUCACCACCACCACCACCGCUGCCGCUACGCUUUCUGCUGCUAGUAGUGGCUUGUAUAGUCUGCGGGAAGGAGCAGUGAUGGCGGAUAAUGACGAAGGAGCGGCGGAACGCAUGGGGGAUCUGGCGCUUAGGGGGAGAGGGGGGCGUCGCGGGGGGAGGGGAGGGAGAGGAGGAAAGUCGGACCGCGAUAUGAUGAUCUCGAAGGCGCUGUCGUCGCUGUUGAGACAUCAGGCUACGGCGGCGGGGGUCGAGCUUGAUGUCGAGGGGUUUGCGCCGCUGGAUCGGGUGCUGCAAUGGCCACGCAUCCGCUCCCUCAACCCGUCCAUGGACGAGAUCCGGCACGCCGUCGCCGACAACGAGAAGCAGCGCUUCGCCAUGAAGCCCAAGGACCCGGCCGCCAUCGCCGGCGACAACGACGACCCGGCUGCCUGGCUCAUCCGCGCCAACCAGGGCCACAGCAUCGAGCUCGCCGAGGAGUCCGUGCACGAAGCCAUCACCCUCGAGGCGGGCAAUGUCCCGGAAAUCGUCGUCCACGGGACUUACUUCGCCUUCUGGCCCGCCAUCCUCGCCUCGGGCGGCCUGAAGAAAAUGGCCCGCCAGCACGUGCACUUCGGCACCGGACUCCUACCCGCCGACGCUGGCAACGACGUUGGGGCUGGGGAAGAUGGGAAACCGAAGGUCAUCAGCGGCAUGCGCUCCGACGCCGAGCUCGUCGUCUUCGUCGACGUGCAGCAGAGCCUCCGCGACGGCGGCAUCAGGUGGUGGCUCAGCGCCAACGGCGUCGUGCUCACGGACGGCAACGACGAGGGUGUGGUCCCGCUCAAGUACUUCAAGGAGGUCAAGGGGAGGAGGCAGGGGGUGGGUGUGCUGUGGCGCGAUGGGGAGAAGGUCGCGGAUUUGCCAGAGGGGGUUGUGGCGAAUGUGCCGAU